AUGAUCGCAGGAGCCAAUGACGUCGCCAAUUCUUUCGCCACGUCCGUCGGGUCGCGGUCGCUCACCCUCGCCCAAGCCGUCUGCAUCGCCAUCUUCACGGAAUUCGGAGGAGCAAUUGCUCUCGGCGCCACUACGACGAAGACGGUUAAGGACGGAAUCAUCCAAACGAACCUAUUCAACAGUCGGCCGGAUCUGCUCAUGUCGGGUUUUAUGUGCGCGCUGAUAGCAUCGUCCUCGUGGGUCAUGUUCGCUACGUUCCUAGGCUGGCCCGUGUCCACCACUCACUCCAUCGUCGGCGCGCUUAUCGGAAUCGGCGUUAGCGCGUACGGCAUGGACGCUGUGAACUGGGGCUGGAACGGCAAGGGCGUGGCGCAGAUCGCGGCAUCGUGGGUGCUCGCGCCGACGCUGGCCGGUAUCCUGGCCGCGACAAUCUACCUCAUUACCCUGUACGCCGUCAUGAAGCGCAAGAACUCGCUGCGCGCCGGCAUCUAUGCUAUUCCAUUCUACUUCACCAUCACCACCUUCAUCGUGUCGUUCUACGUCGCGACGAAGAACGGCAAGUCCACCCUCAACUUCAGCUCCUCGACUACCGGCGGCGCGAUCAAGGUCACCGGCAACGUCGCCCUCGCGUUCGGCAUCAUCGGCGCGGUGACAGGCGUAAUGCUCAUCUUCUCCGCUGGCUUCCUCGUGCCCUUCUUCAUCCGACGGCUGGAGAAGGAGGAGACCCUCAAGUGGUACCAUAUCUUCUUCAUCUGGUGCGUGCCGGAGCAGCCGCAGGACCCCAAGAUCGACAUGUACUUGAAGCGCGCCUUCACGCCGCAGCUUCUGAGCGACGACGAGAAGAAGCAGCUGGGAAUGCCCGUCGAGGACCCCGAGGAGAACGAGAAGGAGAAGGACCUCGAGAAGCCCGUUCCCAAGAACGCGUUCCUGCGGUUCUUUAAUCACAUUAAGAUGCUCCUGUGGCGGUCGCUGUUCAUGGACGUCGCGAGUAUGCAGCACGACAACAAGGGCGCAGUGCGCGCGCACGAGGUGGCGGUGAUUUACGACAACAAGACGGAGUACCUCUACUCGCUGCUGCAAGUCAUCACCGCCGGCUUCGCGAGUUUCGCACACGGGUCCAACGACAUCGGAAACGCGCUGGGGCCCCUCGCGGGAGUGUAUCAGAUUUGGAGCCAGGGAACCUUCUCGACGGAGGCCAGUGUGCCCACGUGGAUGCUCGCGUACGCCGGAAUCGCGCUCGACUUUGGCCUCGCCUUCUUCGCCAAUCUUAUCUCGCCACUCACCGUCGUCGUUUCCCUCCCUAUCUCACCAUCCCUCGCUACAGAUGGUUACCACAUCAUGCGAAGCCUGGGGAACAACAUCACGUACCACUCGCCGUCGCGCGGGUUCUCCAUGGAGCUCGGCGCCGCGCUCUCCGUCAUCACCGCAUCCUUCCUCGCGCUACCGGUUUCCACCACGCAGUGCAUCGUUGGCGCAACGGUCGCCGUGGGGCUGUGCAACGGUAACUGGAGGGCCAUCAACUGGGCCAUGGUGGGCUUGGCUGGGUUUGGGUGGGUUCUCACGCUCCCCCUCGCCGGAACGGCCUCGGGUCUGCUCUAUGCUGUUCUCACGCGCGGGCCCAGCUUCACCAUGCCGCCCGGCAUGUAG